AUUUUAAAAUUUCCUAUUUGCACGUUUCUUAUUUUUACUUUUAACUUUUACGAGCACGCUUUGCCAUUCUUCGGCACUGAAAACUUGAAUAAAACGCGCCAAAAACACUAACUAGAUAUAUCUCUUGUCGUGCCCCUCGCCCGCUAUUGUUCACCUUCAUUCACCCCAAAAUGCUCGACUGCGAGAAAGUGGUAAACAUUUUGAUGUCCAACGUGAAAGUUACCACUACUUAAUAGCGUACACACAUAAAACGAUACAUAACAUUUACACGCAUUCAAUAUAUAAAUAUGUAUGUUUAUAACUAUGUGCUGCCAAAAAGGCCCACUGGUUCUCCCAUAGUGAGAGCAGGCAGGCAGGUGUAGGAAUAGUGAAAAUGCUCGAGCGAUUGGAGCAGCAGCAUCUCAUUGGGUGCAACAACAAACCAAGGCAAAACGUCAUCAUCGGGUGGUGUUGGCUCCUGCCGACGUAAAACUACCGAGCAGAGAGCAAAUUACCGAGCUCUCGUGAGAUUAGAGCGGACUAAGCGAGCGCCGAAGUCUUGUUAUGCGAGGAGGUGCGACGAGCGGGCGGCAUGGAUGCUGUUGGCGAGAUUUUCAUUUUGGCUGUCGCUCGUCUUUGGUGUUCGUCUUGGCCAAAAUAGUAGUGCUCCGUAAAAUAGUUGGUUCGCAUGCAAAAAACGGCAAAAUACCAACGGAAUUUUCGCACAAUGCGUUUAUUUUUUAUUUUACUUUUUUUCUACACAACAUUCUAGAAAAGUAAAAGGAAAAGGAUAAAAAAAUUUAUGCAAAAGUUUGAAUUAUUAUGUUUAAAUGUUUAAACGGCGAUUAAAAAGUAGGUGAAAACGGGCAAUCAAUAAAAAAGUGAACGCACUACUGUCAAACCCAAGAAAAUCAAUUUGUUGAAGACAAUACAAAACUUGCAUAUUUAACUUGGUUGUAAUAUAAACUUAGCAAUUUAACAAAAACACAUAUAUAAUGAAGCGCAUAUGUAUGUAUGUAUGGUAUGUACAUAUAUUAAUCUCGAAUAGCAAAAGCAAACCAGUCCGCAACGCAGUGUAAACUAACAGAAUAGUGGCGUAAAUAUAGAAAAAUUACCAGAAAUAAACGAGAGAAUAUGCAUACAACAACAAAAACAAAAACGUUGAAGUUGAAGUUGAAUAAGUAAACACAGCCGAGGGCAGCAGCCGAGGGCAGCAGCCGAGGCAGAGCUAGUGACAGCGGUGGAGAAACCACUAUUCGUACUCCAAAUCCUCCCCUUCCCGAGUACUCUCACGUUGUGUGGUUGUGAAAUUUUAGGUGUGACUUAAAGUUUAAAAUUUAAAACAAAUAAACACUACAUACAUACAAAUAUAACCGUUAUAAAGUAUAAUAAAUUAAAAUAAAAUAUUGUAGAUUAUUAUGGAGAGCAUUAAUUGAAAAUUUUAAUUAAUAAAAUCAUAAUAAAAGCAAAACUAACAUAAUCACGCAGCAGUUGCACUAGCAUGUGUACGUGUGUGUGUGCUUAAUAAACACGCAUGAAAGCAUAUUGUGCCGAGCGCAUAAUAAAACUCAUUGUUGUCACAAAGAAGUAUUGUAGCUGGUAAAUGAAAUUACGAUAAAAAAGUAAUUAAUUAAAAUAUUAAACGCAGUUUUGUGUGUGUGUGCGAUUUACAAGAAAAUUAUUACCCGAAAUAACUAAUAAAUUAUAUAGUAAUCUAACAGAUGCUGAGGUAAUACAAAUACAACAACUAAACUCUUUAAACAACCGAAUAUUAAAGCAUUACAAUAAAAUCUAACCGUAUCUCCAAAUCUCAACAGCUGUAAGCGUGUUUUGAGGUUAAAUGUGAACGGAACUUAACGAACUUAACUUAAUGACUGUGUUUGGUCUUAGAAAAGACUUUUAACCGUAAAUUAAGCACAUUAGGUGGAGGGGCGCAGUAUCGCAGGGUACAGAGCAAUGGCAUGUGUCUAAUUUUUAAACUUUUUAUUGUACAUUUUAAGCCUAGACUAACGUAAUUUUACUCGAAAUAAACGACCGUCCUCUUUACAUUACAAAAAGUAAAUAAAAAACAAAAAUUAAAACAAAUAAUUAUAGUAUAUUAUAAGCCAAUUUGAAACUAUCAAACGAUGCGAAGGCAGCAGCAAAGUAUUUCAACUAACUUUUAAAAUAGCUAUAUAUAUAUAUAUAUAUAUAUGUGUAUUUUUAAAGUAAAUCAACCAAUACGAAUGUUAAGCUUAUAUUCAUAAACAAAUCAAUCAAAAACAGAGUGCGUGCAACCAAAAAGAAAAAACCCAAACAGACUGAAUGAUUUCAAAUUAAAAUAAAUACAAAAUAGAAAAAAAGCAGCAAUAAAAACUAAAAAAAAAUUAUUAAAACAACACUCAUGCGCAUACUGACAAAGCCAUAAACUACCGAAAAGCCAAUAAAAUUAUUACACACCGCAAAAAGUGACAAAUGAACGAGUAUUUAAUUGCCACAAAGUGUUGAAAGGCCGGGCGGCAACACUGAGCAGAGCCACCAUUGGAAAAACAACAGCAAAUUGUUAUAAACAGUGAUGAAAUGGUAUAAUAACAAAGUGUGCUGCAGUUAUAACAACAACAACACACGGUAAUGAUAUAAUACAAAAAUAAGCGUAUACAAAUAAAAACAAAUCCAAAACUAAACAAGGAAACGCAACGCACACAGCUACACACACACGCAGGCUGGCAAGCAGGCAGGUGGGGAGGCAGAAAUUUCAAUUCAAACGCACUCCACGCACUCAAUUGAGCUCCUGAGAAAAUACGCUGAACGUACCUAAUUAAAAUUCAUAGGCCCUGAAACAAAAAGGCAAACACACAAAUAACGCAGAGGCUUUUACACAAAAAUAUAAGUAUGUGUGUGUGCAUGUAAACAUAACACGCCACAAACUAAAGGAAGAGCAGUAGAAGAACGAGUAGAAGAAGAAGACGAAGAGUAAACAGCAGCUGCAUUAAGCCAACUGGAAGGCAGAGGCGACAGAGCCCACCCACAUACAUACACUUCGUACAACAACAACAAUUCCCUACAUCCGCAACUUCGCUGGCACGCGUGGGGCCAAAGAGGUUAACAGUGGCUGUGACACUUUCCUGCCAGCUGCCACGUCCAGCGCGAUGCUACUGUAAUUAGUGCGACAAAAGCACACAACUACAACAGCAACAAGGCAGUAGUAAGCAAUUAAAACGUUGGCCAAGCAGUAGUGAAGCAGAGCCGAGCAGAAAAAUAUAAUUGCAAUAUUAAUAAUAAUUAUAAUAAAACAGAGAGACAGCUAACAGUGAAGAUAUGCCAAGCGGUAAAGCGGACGGAGCAUUAAAUAAAUAUUAAAACGUCGAUUAAUACGAAAUUUAAUCAACAAGAACGCGGCAUAUAAAACCACACACAUACGCAUAUACGCAUAUACAAACGUGCACGAUCACCGCAACGUCAGCAUAGACGUCAGGAGCAGGCGGCAUCCAACAGCAGCGCUCUGCCGAUACCGUUCGAUAGAUGCCGCAGCCGCAGCCGCAGCUGUGCUCGACGGCGCGUGAAUUGACGCCAAUAGCGGCGCUCGUGUAGGUGGCAGCGCAGCAAACGCAAACACAACGGCGGUGGCAGUGACGGCGGCAGCGACAGCGACAGAGACAGUGGCAGCCGUUGCGCCGUUCGCUUCAGCAGCUAAUGCAUCAGAAAUCCAAGAUUUUUGAUUUUGUUCCUCUCCACCAUCACCACAACCACAACCAAUACCACCAAAACCACCAAUACCAUUACAACCACAAAUACCACCAACAAUAUAAUAACCAUCGCUACCACCAACACCAUUCACCACGAUGGCUACCAUAAAUUCGGUGCAGAAAAGUAUUCAUUUGCCAUUAACGAGCUUGUCGUCGCCGCGUGUUUUGAUGUGUAGCGCCUCUGUCGGCACUGAAGGUUCCGUUACGCUACAAUUGAGAGACUCGUCCGAUUCCAAUCAGUCGCCAGCGCAAACGUCUUUGGAAAAUGCCUUGACCAUCGGCUAUCCCGACCCGGAGAUGUUGGCCGACGUAUUCGGUUCACUGCAGACAGCCUCAUUUAAGAAUCACAGCAGUGCGCUGGUGUCAACAUCGUCAACAACAAUAACAAAUCAUAAUACUAAUCCGAUUAGCAGUAAUAGCAGCAACUGCAACAACAAUAAAACCACAAAAACCCUGACCAACGGCACGAGCAGUGCGCCGAGCAACAGCAGCAUCUCCACGUCCACCUCCGCACCUGCGAACAAAGUCACAAUCAGUCGUCGCAAUCAAACCAGCGUGGCAACAGUAACAACAACAAACGCCGCAACAACAACGGCGCACACGACGGCCAAGUCAUCCGUGCAAACGGUGUCCACAGCAACGAAUACCACCAACAAGACGACCAGCAGCUACGUCAAGAAUUGCCUGAUACGCAGCAGCAGUUGCAGCAACACCAACAACGUCACCUCGUUGGCACAGAUAAUGAGCAAUAGCAGCACGAGCAGCUCAUCGUCGCUACUGAAUCAUAGCAACACGAACAGCAACAGCAAUUGCAGCAGCAACAGUAAUUUUAGUUCGUCGAGCAGCAGCAACGACAGCAUAGUCAGUGUCAACAGCAACAACAGUGGAGGCGGCGUACUGAAGAGCGGCGGCAGCAGCAAAAGUGUCACGGCGAGCGCUGCGACGGGCGCGACGCUCAAGAAGAAUCGCACCAAAUUAUCUUCUCCAACGCGUCAUGGACCACAACAGUGCCAGAUCUGUAGUAAAAUCUUUGGAAAUGCGUCAGCGCUGGCGAAGCACAAACUGACGCACAGCGACGAGCGGAAAUACGUGUGUGCGAUGUGUUCGAAGGCGUUUAAGCGACAAGAUCACUUAAAUGGCCACAUGAUGACACAUCGCAACAAAAAGCCAUACGAAUGUAAAGCUGAGGGCUGCGGCAAAUCAUACUGUGAUGCACGUUCCCUGCGCCGUCACACCGAGAAUCAUCAUUCGGGCAUAAUAACACCACAAAAUCAAACACUUUCACCAACCUCGAGCACACCGAACGGCCUAAGUCUUUCACCGGCCACAGCAAGUGGGGAUGCCAGUUCACCGGACGGUGCUACAUGCAUACGCACUUACAUCUCUACAGGUGGCAGUAUUGUUGAUGCGGCCACCGGAGUUGCGCUAACCGAAGACCAAAUAAAAGCCAUCAAUUUGCCCAUUAAGACCGGUGUCACUCUGCUUUCGCCCACUUCAACGUCGUCUGCGUCAUCUGUGAGUGGCGUUUCGUUGCCCGCCUCGUCACCUACGAUUGCCCUCGCCGAGACGAGUAUUGUGGACGCCGGUGAGGGUUUGACGCGCGAGCAAUUAGAUUUGAUCAGUAAGAUUAUGCAACAGACAAAGCAAACGAGCGCACAGGUGACGGUCUCUUCACCUACCAGCGUUAAUUCUUACAAAGUAGACACAAAUCCAUCUUCGUCUACACUUGGUGGGACGGGAUCACAUCAUGCAGUGAGCGGUUCAUCGGGUCGACCGCGUACAUGGAACAUGCAACUAUUAAACACGCAAAAUGUAUCCAUAGCUGUCGAUGAGUCCAAUUCCGAUGCGACGUCUAGCACAGCAACAUCGCCCAUUGAACCCAAAGAAGAGGAGGUUAAUCAACAAUUUGUGGCAGCCAUUAAUCCGCAUCUCUUGAAUAUUGUCAAGAUGGAUCAGAAGCAAGUUGAAUGCAAUUUGUGUCACCGCAAGUUUAAGAAUAUACCAGCACUCAACGGACAUAUGCGGCUCCAUGGAGGCUAUUUUAAAAAAGACCCCGAGACCAAAAAGACCGAAAAGAAAGAGCCCAGCGGUCCACCGCUGCAGACAGCCAGUAUUGGCGUGCGUGCGCUGAUCGAAGAGAAAAUCAUCAGUAAACGAAAAGAUAUGAACAAGGGUGCCUUCGUAGUUCCUGCACCACCUAGUAGCGUGUCCAGCACUUCCACAAUCCGACGAUCGAUUAGCGAUCUAGAAAGUUUCCUUAGUCCCAAAUCACACAGCCACAAUGGCAACAUCGGCGGCGGUAAUGGUGUCAACAGUAGUAACAACAACACGUCUAGUCAGAAUUCGCCCACCGCCACCACAACGACUAUGCUACCUGCCGCAACUACAAUCAAAAAUUUCAGUGGUGGCACAUUGGGCUUGCAGCAAAUCGGCAUUUCGCAGGGUAUCGAAAUUUUUAGCGCAAAGCAACAGAAGACAGUUGGUAAUGUGAGCCAUAGUUUGGGUAUGGGCUUGAGUGCCGCUCUCCAAGCGAACAGUGCAACGAUGAAUCCGUCAACGAUGAAAUCUGCAGCAACGACAAAUACAACGACUACCAAGGGAACUUCGACCGAUCCGAAAGACUCUACACUCAUUGAGUUAUUGAAGCGCGGAACGCGCAUCGCCGUCACUGCCAAGAAGCCACUAAACAGUACAAACCCAAUAACAAAUAUGGGAAGCAGUAGCAGUAAUAACGGCAAUGGCGGAUCGCGUCAAAUAAUUACCAACAACAAUCGCACUGUGAUUAUACCGUCCGACGUGCAGGUUCUACCCACCCGUAUGGCCAAGUCGAAUGCUAAUGUCUUGCGAUCUUCUACCCCCGCCAGCCUUGCUCUGAACGACACGACGCCACUAUCACUCACCAUAUCGCAGAGUGGUGACGGCAGUUUAGGUGGUGAUGUGUAUACGGUCACUUAUAGCAGUGACACCUCGGGAUUUUUUGAUGAUGCCGAGGUCUAUAAUGUCGCUGACACGGAUAUGUUGCUGCAGACAGUAGAUUCAAUGCAGUUACUCAACGAUGACUCGCAACAAUUAAAAAGCGAACAUUCCGAACAAUUUGGCUCUGUGACUGGCGUGGGGAUCACGGAAGGCGAUCAAACCGACAAUAGCGGUAAUUGCAUUCAAGCCGAAUACUUGAAGUUAGAAGCCGACGGUAGUGUCAAUGCUAUGCCCACCACUUUACCUACUUUCCAACAAUUUCAUUCCAAGGAGUUAAUCAUGCAAAAUAGUGCCCAGAUACAGGCUGUGACUAGCAUGCGUGCCAACGCGCAUCAACUGGGUACAUUAUCCUCACCUAUAAAUUCUCCGCUCGCAUAUCCAACGCCACCCUCCAGUCAUGAAAAUAUGACGCAAUCGUCGCCCUACGUCGAUGAUGGACACCAGUAUUCCGAAGUCACAAACGCUUUCUUCAAUGAGAAAUGCAGCGCCGAUUUCCUCACGCAGUCCGCAACCGAAGUGACUUUCUUCAAAAGCAACGACAAUCAGCAUGAGCUCACCGACACCGAGAAAAUAUUGAAAUUGAAGACCGUGUUGGAGGAGAGCGCUUUCGAUGGUUCCAUUAAGGUAGAAGAUUUACUGAAUGGUACACAGGAUGAUGACACCGAAUGUGAUUUACGUGACUUUGCUGAAAGCAAUCUGGCAUUCUUGGAUGAAGACCAGGAGUUUCUGAAUGAUUCGCGGAAUGCAACUUCGCCUUUACCCGAAUCAUUUUUCACCGGCAGUAUUGGUACAGCCGAAGAAGUGAAAGAGGUAUUGCGCGAUGUGUUACCCGACGAAAAUAUCAAUCUGAAUUGCGAAGAGCAAUCGGGUGAGAAUAUUAUUGACUUGUAUUAUUUGCCGGGUUUGGGCUUACAAUCGCAAAUGAUGCCCAAUUCGGAUGACCCGCUCUUAUCCUCAUCUCCGAGAGAUUUCGGUCAGCAGCGGGGACAAAUUAUACAAACGACGCAGCAGGUUCAUGUUCAGCCGCAACAACAAAGUCAACAAUCACUACCACAAUCGCAGCAAUUGCAGCAUACUACACAGCAAAUGCUCUACGCGCAGCAAAUGGAACAUCAAAUGCAACAGCAACAGCAACAGCAACAGCAGCAACAAACAUCUACCGGUGGAGACUACGUUGGUAAUCAAUUAGCAAUGGCAAUGCAUCAAACAGUCGGGGACGGUGUGUCAUUACCCGCGACGCUACAGUACAAUCUACAAAAUCUACCGCAAGUACAAAACCAGCAACAAUACAUUGACGUAAACACACCGAUUCAGCAUGUUUCCACGCUUGAUGGUGGCAUAUUACAGCAGCAGCUAGUCUUUACAGGUUCGACCGACAAACAGGAAAUACAUAUAACAGGACAACAAGGCGAUAUGAGUCUUCUGUCCGCCGGUAGCUCCAUUAAUACCGACACCAAUAUCUACUUCGCCAGCAACUCCAGUAAUUCCAACAACUCAAUGUCCGCUUUGCAACAAAUAGGCAAUCAGUCGAGUGCCUGCAAUCUGCCUAUCUCAUCGUCCUCAUGUCAGCUACCUGCGGCUUCUACAGUCAUUUCUACGCUGCAACCCCUCUCCAACCAAACCAAUUCCAUACUGAAGCGUCGUCUGCGACCGCACAAUUCCAGUGACUGCAGCACUUCACAAAGUUUCGCCAAAUAUCAUCCGCUCUCACCGUAUCGCUCCAAAUUGCGCAAACCUUCGCGUACGCAUUAUACACCGGCGCCUAUACUUAAUCCCGAUCGUAAAGGUGUCGGACUGUAUUGCAGUGUGCGCAAGCAACUCAACACGGGCCUGCUUGGUUUCGAUAGCUUUGACGAUGAUUUUGAUGAUCCGGUGGGUUUAGUCGACUUUUCGGAUGAAUCAAAGGUCAAUCUGGGCUCGGCGUAUCAAGCACAAGUACCGCCUUGUCGAGAGCGCAUUCACAGUGCGGGUAGCGAUGCUGCAACCGAUGGUGAGCUAUGCAAAACCACAUCUUGUUUCGACGUCGAAGAGCCUGUGGGUGCGGAGCAAUUGUGGGACCCCACCGUACAAACAGAUGAGAAGAUUUUGAUGCGCUACAUUGACCUGAGCAAAUCAUCGGCAGUGCCGCUGGGCAGUCACACCGAAGAAGUAGCGCUGCACACACUACUCAAAGCACAAGGAAAUAUGGCUGCGGCAGUACUAACUCUACUUCAAACACCGUCGAAUGCAUUCCAGAUGAAAUGGUCCGCUACCGAAUUGGAGGUGUUCUUAAAAGGACUGGAACGACAUGGCAAAGAUUUUGGACGCAUUUCGUUGGAGUUGGGUACAAAGACCUCGGGUGAAUGUGUGCAUAUGUAUUAUUUCUGGAAGAAACUUUGUGUUGACUACAAAGUAUCACAUCUUAAAACGGAAACGCCACCUCCACCACCAAUGAACGAUCCGAAGCCGUAUGUCUGCGAAGUGCCGGAUUGCUCUGCGCCAAUACUGUACUCGUAUUGGCGUAGUUCCUGUUCGUGGCGGGUGCGCAUUGCACUCAACUUAAAGGAAAUACCCUACGACAUCAAGCCCAUCAGCCUAAUCAAGUCGGGCGGCGAACAGCAUUGCAAUGAGUAUCGUGAGGUCAAUCCGAUGGAGCAGGUGCCAGCGUUGCAAAUCGAUGGUCACACGCUGAUCGAGUCAGUCGCCAUUAUGCACUAUCUGGAGGAGACACGCCCCCAACGUCCGUUGUUGCCACAGGAUGUGCACAAACGCGCAAAAGUGCGUGAAAUUGUCGAAAUCAUCUGUUCGGGCAUACAACCACUGCAGAAUCUGAUUGUACUCAUCCAUGUCGGCGAGGAGAAGAAGAAGGAAUGGGCACAACAUUGGAUUACGCGCGGCUUCCGUGCUGUCGAAAAAGCACUCUCCACCUCGGCUGGCAAAUACUGUGUGGGCGAUGAGAUUUCGAUGGCUGAUUGCUGUCUGGUGCCACAGGUCUUCAAUGCAAGAAGAUUCCAUGUCGAUCUACGUCCAUACCCGAUCAUUUUGCGUAUCGAUCGUGAGUUGGAGGCUAACCCCGCUUUCCGCGCCGCACAUCCUUCCAACCAACCAGACUGUCCACCGGAGUUGCCAAACAAAUAGAAUUUCCCGUCAACAACUGCGAAGCGCCGUAAAACCAAAAAAUGAUCGCAAACAGCAAAAUGACAACAAAAAGAACAAGAGUAGCAGAAACAACAUCAAUCAUAACCAAAACAUCAGGACGACGCCGAAUCCAUUCAAAGGCGAACAAAUUGAAAAACAAACGACAAAAUGUGGGCACUUUCAGCAGUUGAAACAAAUCUGACCAAACGAAGCAACACUUCGCAAAUUUAAUACAGAAAAAAUAACAAAAACCCUAAGACAAAAUUUUAAAAGACGAAUUGGCAAAAACAUUGAGACAUACAGGUAUAUAUCUAUAUAAAUAUAUAAAAAUACAUUAAAGCUGGAAAAAUUCUGCAAAACCGUUAAAUGGAGAUCAGUUGUAGGGUAAAGAGUCCACUAAGUGGCCUACGCUAAACCGCUCUACAACUAAACAAAAUAUGAAUAUAAUAUAUAUAAAUGUAUGAAAAAAUUGUGAAAUGCAAGCUCAAAGAGGGUAAAUGUGAGAGCUAAUCGAUCAUUUGGAAUGUGAGAAAGCAUUAAAAUUUGAUUUAAAAAAAAUUUGGCAACAAUUGUGAAAACUAUCUAAAAGAUAUGAAUACGUAUUUUAUAGAUGACACUUAAACCCACACACACACACACACAAACAUUUAUAUUAUAAGCAUUACUUAAAAAGUAUGUACGAGAAAACUAUAAAUGGUUAGAGGAAAAAAUUUGAGGUUUAAAAAAAAAAUUUUAAAAAUUAAAAAUUAAAAACUUGUGAAAUUAUGUACGAAAAGCAAAAUUAAAUUCAGGGAUUUUUAAACAACUAGAAGGGUAUAAGUAAAAUUUGCGAAAUUAACACACGAACACCCACACAAACAACACAAGAAGACACUUGAGCAAGCCACUGACCGAUACACCAAACAAUAACGGUGCAAACACAAAGAACUUGUAACAAAAUACAAAACACAAAUAAAAGAGUACAAAAUGCAGUAAAUUGAUUCAUUGAAACCAAAAAGUACAUAAAAGCAUAAGUGAAAAGAAAAACUAUUAGCUUCCUAAAGUGAACAUGAAAAUUAAGCAUUACAUUAAGGAACAACAAAAACAAGAUGUAUUUUAACAGUUGGACAUGAAAUAAGAUUUUCACCAAAAAAAUAUAUAUAUGUAUAUGUAUAUUAAUAUUAAAAAUAUAAAUAAAGCGCAUAUUUCACAAGUAGAAA